GAAAAGAUGGACUUUAGCUGAAUACGUGACUCGAAAUGACCGAUUCUCACCUGGAAACCUUGCGUCCGAGUCGUUCAGGUUGGCUUCAGUUGUUGUAUUUGUAGAGUCAGACCCAGGGCGUGAUUCACGGGCCUGUUAGUUUCGCCCGGUUUGCCGUCGUGUUAUAGACCGAGGUGGUAUGAAGGCUGACAGCAGUAAUGUCUGCGUGUUUGUCCGGAUCAGACCAACAGCCAACUUCGCUCAAGGCCUCAUCGAAUGUCUUCUUGAUGGCCAGACAGUGAACAUCUAUCACAGAAAAGACUCCAGGAAGUUCCAGGACUCAAAAAAAGGACCGCUGAGCUUCCGGCUGGAAGGGGUCCUGCAGGAUGUGUCACAGGAGGAAGUGUAUGCCCGGGUGUGUCAACAGGUGGUACAUGGAGCACUGGAUGGCUAUAAUGGUACUGUGAUGUGCUUUGGGCAGACAGGUGCAGGAAAAACCUAUACCAUGGCAGGAUCCACAGAAUCAUACAAACAGAGAGGAAUCAUUCCUCGGGCCCUUCAGGAGGUCUUUCAGGAGGUGGAGAAGAGGACUGAGCAUUCCUUCUCAGUGCACCUGUCUUACCUGGAGAUCUACAACGAGAAACUGUUGGAUCUGCUGUCACCGCUGCAGGACUCACCUCACCUGUCUCCUCGGGGCAUGGUGGUGAUGGAAGAGCCGGGUAGAGGGGUGUUCAUCAGGGGUUUGUCUCUUCACCCAGUUCACAGCGAAGAGGAGGCACUCAACCUGCUGUUUGAGGGCGAGAUGAACCGCAUUAUUGGAUCUCACUCCCUGAACAGGAACUCCUCCAGGUCCCACUGUAUCUUCACUGUGCAUAUAGAGUCUCACUCGCGGACUUUAUCUGAUGCAAAGUACGUCACCUCCAAGCUGAGUCUGGUGGAUUUGGCUGGGUCUGAGAGGCUGGGAAAGACUGGGUCAGAGGGUCACAUGCUGAAAGAAGCCACAUACAUCAACAAGUCCUUGUCAUUCCUGGAGCAGGCCAUCCUGGCUAUGGCAGACCGUCGCAGAGACCACAUUCCCUUCAGACAGACUAAACUCACGCAUGCCCUUAAAGAUUCACUGGGAGGGAACUGCAACACUGUGCUUGUGGCCAACAUCUACGGUGAGGCUGCACACAUAGAAGAAACACUCUCUACUCUGCGUUUUGCGAGCAGAAUGAAGUGCGUCCAGACUGACCCAUCAAUUAAUGAACACAUGGAUCCAGCUCUUCAGAUCAAGAAACUUCAGAAGGAGGUACAGAUGCUUAAAGAGGAACUGUCCAUCUACAAUACACUGGUGAGGAGGCCGAGCAUCACGUACGAGCCGUUGUCUGAAGCCCAGCUGGCUGAAAUCAACAGCCAGGUUCAGAGGUACCUAGAUGGAAGCCUAAAGGAAAUCAGUAUCCUAAGUAUCAGGCAGGUCCAAGCAGUCUUUGCCCAGUUUAAGCUUGCUGUGCUGGAACAGGAGCAGAAGGUGAAGGCUCAGCUAUGCCAGACUUACAACUUGGUGGAGAAAGACCAAAGCGCUAAAACAUCUGCUAUCAGGGAGUGGGAUACCAGAAGCAGCACUGAGGAUGUGGGGGCUGGCAGCUUUGGGGUGUCUGCACAGUCACAGAACCAGACCCAGCGUCCAACUUCGACCAAAUCCAAAACUAAGAAGUUAAGGAACAAACAGUGCCAAAGCAAGACGCAGGGAGAAGGGAGUCCUGUUUCAAGGAAGCAUCUGGAGAGUGCCUCCAAAUCAAAGCUGAAUUCUGUCCAGAUGCCUGAGAGGAAACUGGUAUCACAAGAACCAGACACUGAGAUUCAGGACACCGAGGAGUCACAACCGCCUGGCAAUGAACCCUUUCACUCUGAAUCUCCUCCACCCAAAGCAGAAGCAUUUGAGGAUUUUAAGGUGGGACAAGGCAGCAGGAUCAACUGCAUCCUUAAAGAGAACAAGGCUGUGCUGCUGGAACGUCGCAGUCUUCUUCGUCAGCUCAGUGAGGAGGUCAACGCUGUCAAGAGAGAGAUCGACUUCGCAACAGCUAGUAUACACCAGCACAAGCAGAUGGGAAAAACCCAAGGUCAGAAUUUGGUUAUGAAGGAGGAGCCAGAUUCCACUUUAUUGUCGCAGCUCAGAGAGCUGAAGGCCUUGUACCGGCAUAGGUACGAGGCACUGCGCAACAUGACGGCAGAGGUCAACUACUGUCAACACCUUGUGGAUCAGUGCAGGGCGUGCCUGCUCUCUGAAUUUGAGACCUGGUAUCAGAAGACAUUCCUGUUAGCUGAGGAGGAGCUGGACAUAUCAAUGGAUAAGGCCCUUGCACAAAGAGAGGAUAACCAGCAGCUACAGUACGAGCUUCUUACUGACAGUGCCAGUGCUGAGUCCUUCUACAACGCUCGCUGCAGGACGCUGAAAAGGAGGAACCUGCCUGCAGGGUCCGGACAGAAAAGACUCCUUCCAAUUCUACCUGUUAAUAAGAUCCACAAGUACUAAAGUGUAAUUUGUCUUUCUAGUCCACCAAAUUGCCUCAUUCACCUUAUGGUUUUUCUACAUUUAAAUUUCUGUAUUGUAGCUUGUAUAACAUUUACAUAAUCAAGCACAAAAGACACUACACAGCAAAUCAGCUUCUUAAAUGAAAAGUAAAAUUUUAUUAUUCCUGA